AUGACUAAAUCUUGUCACGACAAGAUCGACUACGAUUUUCAUUCUAGUCAUCAUAGUCAACUCGGCAAUCAUGGAGAAGACGAUUUGUCGCAAUCUCGGUUGGCUGCCAAGGACAUGGUCCUGGACAUCCUGAAGAAACGUGCCGUGGAGGUCGAUGUGGACCGGUGCGAGCCCGGUGAAGAGGAUGCAUUCUAUGUGGCGGACAUGGGGGAGAUCUACCGACAGCAUCUACGCUGGAAAAUGAACUUGAGUCGCGUCAAGCCUUUUUACGCGGUCAAGUGCAACCCCGACCCGGAGAUCCUUCGUCUCAUGGCGAAGCUCGGCAACGGGUUCGACUGUGCCUCCAAGUCUGAGAUCGAUCUGGCUCUCGAGACUGGCAUCGAUCCCAGCCGCAUCAUCUAUGCGCAGCCCUGCAAGACCAAGUCUUAUCUGCGCUAUGCCGCCCAGGUGGGCGUCAGACAAAUGACCUUUGACAAUGCCGACGAGCUGUACAAGAUCAAGGCCUGCUUUCCCGAUGCAGAGCUCUACCUGCGCAUUCUCACCGAUGACUCAACCAGCCUGUGCCGGCUGAGUAUGAAAUUUGGUGCUUCUCUUGAUAUCGCUCGUCAGCUCCUCGAACUGGCGGCCGAGCUCGAGCUCAAGGUCGUCGGCGUGAGCUUCCACGUGGGUUCGGGCGCCGAGGAUCCUCGUGCCUUCCUCAAGGCCGUGCAGGAUGCCCGUCUGGUCUUUGACCAGGCCGCCGAGGUGGGCCACGAGCUUCACACCUUGGAUGUCGGCGGUGGCUUCUCCCAGGAUACUUUUGAGACGUUCGCGGGCAUCCUGGGCGAGGCGCUAGACACUUAUUUCCCGCCCCACAUCCGCAUCAUCGCCGAGCCGGGCCGCUACUAUGUCGCCAGCGCCUUGACCCUGGCCGCCAAUGUCAUCGCUCGCCGCGAUUUGCGCGACCCCGAGGAUCCCGCCAACGAUGCGUACAUGUUGUACCUCAACGAUGGAGUGUAUGGAAACUUCUCCAAUAUCAUCUUCGACCACCAGCAUCCCGUGGCCAAGAUCCUAACCCGCUCCGGUGGACCCCAGCCGAUUGCCCCGAACGCUGCGACUUCGGAGGGCAUCGCCUACUCCAUUUGGGGUCCCACCUGCGAUGGUAUCGACGUCAUCACCCAGCGGAUCGUGCUCCCCGGUCUGCUGGAUGUUGGUGACUGGCUCUACUUCGAGGAGAUGGGCGCGUACACCAAAUGUAGCGCGACGCGCUUCAAUGGCUUCUCGGAUAACCACGAGGUGAUCUAUAUCUCGAGCGAACCCGGCGCCACAGCACUCCUCGAGUACUAA